CCGACCCGCCCGCCCGUCCGAGCCGGCCCCGAGCCCCAGCAAACGCUCCAGUGCCGAGCUCCGAGCACCGCGCCGAAAGCACCUUCUCCGCACCAGGCAACAGUGGCUCAUCGUCCCUUGGCUAAGGAACCACUCACGCCAAGCCCAGAGCUCCGGAGCUGUCCAAGCACCAGGCUGCCAAGGAGAGAGCUGCGAUCCGGGCAGCCCCACCCGCCUGAAGCCAAGAUGUCCAGCAAGCGAGCCAAGGCCAAGACCACCAAGAAGCGGCCACAGCGGGCUACAUCCAAUGUCUUCGCGAUGUUUGACCAGUCCCAGAUCCAGGAGUUCAAGGAGGCCUUCAACAUGAUCGACCAGAACCGCGAUGGCUUCAUUGACAAAGAGGACCUGCACGACAUGCUGGCCUCCCUGGGGAAAAACCCCACGGAUGAGUACCUGGAGGGCAUGAUGAGCGAGGCCCCGGGGCCCAUCAACUUCACCAUGUUCCUCACCAUGUUUGGGGAGAAGCUCAACGGCACAGACCCCGAGGAUGUGAUCCGGAACGCCUUCGCCUGCUUCGACGAGGAAGCCUCAGGCUUUAUCCACGAGGACCACCUACGGGAGCUGCUCACCACCAUGGGUGACCGCUUCACAGACGAGGAAGUGGACGAGAUGUACCGGGAGGCGCCCAUUGACAAGAAAGGCAACUUCAACUAUGUGGAGUUCACCCGCAUCCUCAAACAUGGAGCCAAGGACAAAGAUGACUAGGCCCCCGACCAUCCCAGUGCCUGGCCCCACCCCGUCACUGCUCCCCACGCACUCAUCUCUACCAGCUCUGUGCCCACAAGACCCUGCCACACCCGCCCCCCCGUGGGCUCCCAAGGGAGGACAUGGGCCAUGGGAAGCACAGGUUCCACCAUGACACAGAGACCCAAGGGUGUCCCCGAGCCCUGCAGCAAAGGACCCCUGUCUGGGGAAAGGAGCCAGAGGGCAGGACCAGGAGGCACAGGAGAAGGUCCCGCGAGAGAGCCCGGGCACUGGCCAUGGCCUGCCCACUCCUGGGAUGACCACCGGCCCCAGGAGGGAGAGGCCCCAUGCCCUGGCAUCGCAACCACUCCACGCGCAUCCCCCCACACACAUGCGCUCACCACCGCCCUGCUCAGAGCCAGGGCAGUAGACCCCGCCUCAUGCCCUGUGAGCUCCCAGAGCACAGCACCCCACACCACACUCUGGAGUGAGCUCAGGAGGCUGUACCAAGAGGGACAUUUGCCCCCAGGGAGGUGGAGUCUCCAAUAGAAGACUGAACACUG